AUGUCUACUGCAGAAGAUUUUAAGAAGGAAGGUAACAACGCUUUUGUUGCUAAGGAUUUUCAAAAAGCCGUUGAAUUGUUUACCAAGGCUAUUGAAGCUUCAACGGAACCAAACCAUGUGUUGUAUUCCAAUAGAUCAGCUUCACAUGCAUCUUUGAAAAAUUUUAAAGAAGCAUUGGCUGAUGCUGAAGAAUGUGUUAAAAUUAACCCAAGCUGGUCUAAGGGACAUAACAGAUUGGGAGCUGCUCUUUAUGGGUUGGGUAAAUAUGAUGAAGCUGAAAAGAGCUAUCAAAAAGCACUAGACUUGGAUGCUAGUAAUAAAGCUGCAAAGGAUGGUUUGGACCAAGUACGCGCUACUAUGCAACAGAGAAGCCAACCGGAUUUGGGUCUAGGUAGCAUGUUCCAAGAUCCAAACUUGAUUCAAAAAUUGAAGACUAACCCAAAGACUGCCGAGAUGAUGAAGGACCCCCAAUUGGUUUCUAAGGUUUUGCAGUUCCAAGCCAACCCUCAAGCUAUGGGCACACAGCUACUACAAGACCCAAGAAUGAUGACUAUUAUGGCUGUUAUGUUGGGUGUUGAUUUGACCAUGGGUGGAGAUGAAUCAAGCUCUGCUCCAAAGGAGGCCUCCUCUGACAAGGCUCAGGCUGCACCUGAAUCUUCUAAGAAGGAGUCUGCUCCUUCUAAGGAGCCUGAACCUGAACCAAUGGAGGUGGAUGACGACAAGCGUAAGGCUGAAGAACUAAAGACGGAAGGUAACGCUUUAUACAAGAAGCGUAAUUUUGACGAAGCUAUCGAAAAGUAUGACCAAGCAUGGAACUUACACAAAGAUGUGACGUUCUUGAACAAUCGUGCAGCCGCUGAGUAUGAGAAAGGUGACUACGAAUCCGCCAUCAAAACUUUAGAGAAAUCAAUCGAGGAGGGUAGAGAGCUUCGUACUGAUUACAAGAUCAUAGCUAAAUCGUUUUCACGUAUGGGUGCUGCUUACCACAAAUUAGGUGACUGCAAGAAGGCCAUUGAGUACUACGAGAAGUCGUUGACUGAGCACCGUACUCCUGAUGCUUUGACAAAGUUGAGAAACUUGGAGAAAGAGUUGAAGAAGAAGGAAGCUGAGGCUUACAUUGACCCUGAAAAGGCCGAAGAAGCACGUUUACAGGGUAAAGAAUACUUCUCGAACAGUGAUUGGCCUAAUGCUGUGAAGGCUUACACUGAGAUGAUCAAGAGAGCACCUCAUGAUGCCAGAGGUUAUUCAAACAGGGCUGCUGCUCUAGCAAAAUUGAUGUCCUUCCCAGAAGCCAUCAAGGACUGUAACCAAGCAAUUGAAAAGGACCCUAACUUCAUAAGAGCUUACAUUAGGAAGGCAAAUGCACAAAUUGCCGUAAAGGAGUAUUCUGGUGCCAUUGAGACCUUGGAGACUGCUCGUACAAAGGACGCUGAGACAAACAAUGGUGCUAACGCUAGAGAGAUUGACCAGUUGUAUUUCAAGGCUAGCCAGCAGAGAUUCAAGCCAGCUAACGCUAAUGAAACCCCUGAGGAGGCUUAUGCUAGGGCUAUGAAGGAUCCUGAGGUUGCCGCUAUUUUACAAGACCCAGUUAUGCAAUCUAUACUAGCACAAGCUCAACAGAAUCCAGCAGCACUAGAGGAGCACAUGAAGAACCCUGCUGUGUUCAAGAAAAUACAGACUUUAAUAGCUGCUGGUGUUAUCCGUACUAGAUAA